GAUGAGGAGUAGUUGAAUCAUUAAAUAAAUGAAGGAAGCCAGGUCAUGCCCAUGAUUCCUCUGGCCCUAAUUGUCUUUCCUUGUUUAUCAUUUAGUGCAAGUAAUUUUGAGAGCCAAUAGAGAAAUUGACCCAAUUAAAAAAAGGACAUAAAUAGGGGAAGCAGUCAGGAACCACACAACCCAAUAUAAAACCAGAACUUGAUCAAUUGUAAUUGCAGAUUUGGGAUCGGCAGUAGUGACAAUAUUUAACGUGUCAUUACUGUCUCCUGAUACUCUGAAAAUUCUCCACCUUUGAUAAUCUGUGGAGGGAGAUUUCAUUUUUUGUCUUCUUGUUUUUGCAAUCUGUAAGGUGUUUGUAUAAAUUCCUCACUGAAAGAAAGGAAAAGUUGGGGUUUUUUAUUGAAUUUGAUUUAUUGAAUUAUUUUGAUUUGUGGGUUGAAUUUAUAAUUUGAAGAAAAAGAUGGGUAAAUCUGUGUUGAUGAAGGUGGCUUUCUUUAGUGUUCUUUUGGUGGGUUGUUUGAUGCUGUUUGUAUCAGCAAAGGAGGAAAUUAUGAAGGAAAUUGCUGCAACUGAGAUUGAAAUGGAGGAAGUUGAAAUUAGCUUGCUAAGAAAAGCCAUCAAUUUCUUAUGGAAAAGUGGUCAAAAUAGUUACACUCAUGUUUGGCCUGAAAUGGAAUUUGGAUGGGAGAUUAUUGUGGGGUCAUUGAUUGGAUUCUUUGGAGCUGCAUUUGGGAGUGUAGGAGGUGUUGGUGGGGGUGGUAUUUAUGUUCCUAUGCUUACCCUUAUUAUUGGAUUUGAUUCCAAAUCUUCAACAGCCAUAUCAAAGUGUAUGAUUAUGGGUGCAGCAGCUUCAACUGUCUACUACAAUCUGAAACAAAGGCAUCCAACUCUGGAUAUGCCUGUCAUUGACUAUGAUCUAGCCCUUCUCUUCCAACCUGUGUUGGUGCUUGGAAUCAGUAUUGGAGUUGCCUUUAAUGUUAUUUUUGCAGACUGGAUGAUCACAGUUUUGCUCAUUAUUCUCUUUUUAUUUACUUCCACGAAAGCAUUCCUUAAAGGUGUUGAUGCUUGGAAGAAAGAAACAAUUAUGAAAAAGGAGGCUGCUCAACGUUUGUUAUCUAAUGGUGAUAAUGGUGAUUACAAAGCUCUAUCUGCAGUUCCUAGCAAAAAGGAAGAGGUCUCUAUCAAGGAAAAUGUGCACUGGCCAGUAGUGGGUGUUUUAUUUGCUGUUUGGUUUGCCAUUCUAGGACUUGAAAUUGCUCAGAAAUACACCUCUACUUGUUCUAUUGGAUACUGGGCUACCAACCUGCUUCAGUUCCCUGUGGCACUUGGAGCAUCUGGGUACGAGGCUUAUUUGCUGUACACCGGAAAAAGAGUGAUUGCUUCACGAGGCGAUGCAGUCGGAUCCUGGAAAAUUCACCAGCUAAUUCUAUGCAUGUGUGUUGGUGUUUGUGCUGGAAUGGUUGGAGGACUGCUUGGUCUUGGUGGAGGAUUCAUUUUAGGACCCUUGUUUCUGGAGUUGGGCAUCCCACCUCAGGUAUCAAGUGCUACAGCUACCUUUGCCAUGAUGUUUUCCUCGUCGAUGUCUGUCGUUGAAUACUACCUUCUUAAACGAUUCCCCAUUCCAUAUGCCGCCUACUUCGUUGCUGUUUCCACAUUCGCUGCCUUAGCUGGGCAAGUUCUUGUAAGGAGGUUGAUUGCCAUUCUUGGAAGAGCAUCUUUGAUCAUCUUUAUCUUGUCAUUCACUAUCUUCGUCAGUGCAAUUUCACUCGGUGGAGUAGGCAUUUCAAACAUGGUGUACAAGAUUCAACAUAACGAAUACAUGGGAUUCGAUAGCUUGUGCGCAUACGAAGUGUAAAUUAUGAUUUAAUUGUUUUUGGCCGUUUCUUUUGAUCAUGUUUGGGCAAGUACGCUUCUACAUGAAGGGUUUCUCUUGGUGGUGAAAAUGGAACCACUGCAGUUGGUGUGACGACUAUGAGGGUUUGGGUAUGAAGGUGUUGGGUUUGGUUUCCUCAUAAGUCUUAUCGACAUGUUUGCCGAUAAAUUUUGUGUGCUUAAGUGCACUUGUAGAAGUACGUUUUAGUUCAUUGAUUCAAUAAAAUAACUUUCACAUUUAAGCUUC